AUGAGUGUCUGCUCCCUCAUGCUUGCGUACCCAAAAUGCCCCAGCUUUGGGGACCCCAUUGUUAGGCCAAGCAAAGUCAUUGAUGGAAACUGCAAAUCUGACUUUAACAGUGGUGGAUCCUGCAGCAGCACUGCAUUUAACACCAACCCCUGGUGGAGAGUGGACCUGCUGGAUGUGUACAGAGUGACAGCUGUCAGCAUCACCAACAGAGGAGAUGUUGUUCCUGAGAGGCUUGAUGGUGCUGAGAUCCAUAUCGGUAACUCACUGGAGAACAACGGCAUCAACAACCCCAGAUGUCUUGUCAUCUCCCACAUCUCAGCAGGAGAGACCCACACCUUUCAAUGUAAUGAGAUGGAGGGUCACUAUGUUGUUGUGGUCAUCCCUGGACAGAACAGGACUCUCACUCUGAGUUUUUUAAAUAUCCGUAUCGGUAACUCACUGGAGAACAAUGGCAUCAAAAACCCCAGUUGUGCUGUCAUCACCAUCCCAGCAGGAAAUACCUACACUUUCCAGAGUAAUGAGAUGGAGGGUCGCUAUGUUGUUGUUGUCAUCCCUGGCAGGUCGGAUUGGCUCACACUUUGUGAGGUGGAAGUAUUUGCCACUGUCUAA